AUGUCGCGUCUCUCCGUCGCGACCCGAUCCCGACUCCCCUCCUCCCUACGCGUCGAAUCCUCCAACUCGGCCGUGGUCAAGACCAUCAGCCGCCUGUCCCGCGAGGGCCUCAUCCUCCUCGCCCUCGACUGGAUCGACGAGCAGUCCCUGGCCUACACGGCGCCGUACCUGGCCGCGCCGAGGGCAGCAGACGACGACGACGGCGACGGCGACGGCGACGGCGACGGCAACGGAAACGGCAACCUGCCCGACGGCUCGGCGGCCGACCUCUACCCGCCGUGCAGGUCCCUCGACGAGCUGCGCCAGCUCUACGCGGACCUGCGGGAGCAGCGGGGCUCGCGCCGCGAUGUCGUCAGCCGCAUCCUCGAGGGCGACUGGCGCCACGGCCUGACCCUGUACCAGCUGGCCAUGAUCGACUUUGCCCACAUUGACGAGCACCCGACGUCGCAGAAGUGGACGGCCUACCGGAUCCAGCCGCUCAACCUCGCCGACCAGAGGUCCGGCGACCAGGCCCCCAGGCCGGACGAGAGGAGCCUCACCCUGCCGCGCUUCCACCCCUCGACCUUCUUGCAGAGCCUGCAGGAGCAGGUGCUGCCGGACAUCAAGGCCCACUACCACUUCUCCCGGCCCAAGCGGUUCCCGCUGCUCAUGCUGCGCAUCUUUGCCAUCGAGUCGCCGUACAACACCGAGCUGGCCCUCUCCGGCCUCGGCGCCGGCGCCACCGCCACCAACUUCACCUCGUCGCGCACCAUAUACCUGGCCUUUCCGGACGGCUCGCCCGCGCUGUACAUCACCCGGGCCCAGGCCACCGGGCCCAUCAGCCCCGGCGAGUCAAAGAGCCUCCACAGCCUCAUCGCCACCGGCGUCCCGCAGGCGCUCUCCCGGCCGCGCGAGCGCUACACCCUCAAGCCCACGAGCCUCGUCAGCCGCAACCUGGAAGCCUUGCUGGAGAAGCGAGGGCCCGGCCGCACCAACGCCGCCGGCGGGGGCUGGAGCAUCUACGCCAACGACAAGGACCGGAAAUCCCCGCUCGACUCUGUGCUGCCGACGCCCCCCCUCUCGCGAGAGUCCUCCCAUGCCGACGCGGCGCAAAAGCAAAAGCAGAAGCAAAAGCAUGGGCACAGGCAAAAGCGCCAGCGCCCGCUGUCCCAGCACCAGCGCGCCGCCAAGCGCGCCAAAACCGUUGCCAAGGCGCGCUUCGGCGAGUCGGGCAUCGUCACGGACGGCAAGGGCAUCGAGAAGUUCGAAGUCGUCCUCCAGGACCCGUACCCCCCGGUAAACGGCGGCUUUGUGCAAGACUCGGAAGACGAGGACGACAGGCAGACUCGGCAGCGGGAUCGGAGGAGGAGCAAGAUCGACGCGGCGCUGCGACAAGCGCUCGGCGACAAUCCGGACGAGCUGGACGAUGACGAUGACGUGGACCCGUCGCGCUGGGCGCCCCUCGUGCGCAUCAACUUGCAGGGAUCCCACGUGUUUGCCGGGAUACGGCAGCUCGUGGAGGCGGGCAUAGUGGAUGGCGAGCGGAUGCCGGGCUGGAUGACGGGAGAAGACGGCGUCACGACGGGCGUCGUGCGGCACGGCCUGAUACGCGGUCACAAGGGUGCAGGCUUGUGA